UCACCCGCCGGCGGGGCCCCGCCGAGCCAGCGUGGGAGGGCCGCAGGCGGCAGGCGCCGCAUCAUGUCAGCCAAGGACGAGCGGGCCAGGGAUAUCCUGAGAGGCUUCAAACUAAAUUGGAUGAAUCUUCGGGAUGCUGAAACAGGGAAGAUACUCUGGCAAGGAACAGAAGACCUAUCUGUGCCUGGGGUGGAGCAUGAAGCCCGUGUGCCCAAGAAAAUCCUCAAGUGCAAGGCAGUGUCUCGAGAACUGAACUUUUCUUCUGCAGAGCAAAUGGAAAAAUUCCGCCUGGAACAAAAAGUUUACUUCAAAGGGCAAUGCCUAGAAGAGUGGUUCUUCGAGUUUGGCUUUGUGAUCCCUAACUCCACAAAUACCUGGCAGUCCUUGAUAGAAGCAGCACCCGAGUCCCAGAUGAUGCCCGCCAGCGUCCUAACGGGCAAUGUCAUCAUAGAGACAAAGUUCUUUGACGACGACCUUCUUGUCAGCACGUCCAGGGUGAGGCUUUUCUAUGUCUGAGAGAAGAACUUGGGUGCACUUGAAGAAUUUGGAACGGGGGCAGGAGGAAGCUUUACUUUUUGCUCCACUCGUUUGAUUUUUGAUACUUCAGCUGAUUCCUUCAACACAGAACCCACCUGUGACACCAGGAAACCAGCUCUGUAUAGGUAGCCAGUUGGCUUUUUCUCCCAAAACCUCCAUCUCCACUGACAAGACUAAACUCCCAACCCCAGCCGAGUGCAGGGGACAAGCCUCGACUCCAUCCUGGUGCAAGCAUGGGAACAAACCCACACCAGGAACCACACUGCGUCGUCACCUGCCCCGCCUCUUCCUUGGGCCCUACAGGCUUUCUUUGGCCUCUGGUUUUGAAAAAAUUUACCCACCUGACCCAUCUAGUUUUUUUCCUACCACUUCUAUUUCAUACAUUCUCAUACCUUUAACUUGUAAAAUAGACUAUGAUAUUAUUAUUACAUAAUGUAAUUAAAGCAUUAAACUAUUCCUACAGUCUUUAGCAUG